AUGAAGAAGCGCUAUGUGGUGGCCGGAGUCCUGACUGCAGCCCUGCUGGGGCUCAUCUUGUUCCUGGGACUCUUCUUUGGGCUGCGCCCUGACUCAGGGGACACUCACACUUAUAAGAGGGCAGCGGUGGCUACAGAUGCAGGGGAGUGCUCAAUAAUUGGAAGGGACAUCCUUCAGCAAGGUGGAUCAGCAGUGGAUGCUGCAAUUGCAGCUCUGCUUUGUGUAGGACUCAUGAAUGCUCACAGCAUGGGCAUUGGAGGGGGCCUCUUCUUUACCAUCUACAGCAGCACAGGAAAAGUGGAAAUCAUUAAUGCAAGAGAGGUGGCUCCAAAAAAGGCAUCGGAGGACAUGUUUGGGAACAACACACAGCUCUCUCUGAAAGGUGGACUGUCCAUUGCUGUUCCAGGAGAAAUCCGUGGGUAUGAACUGGCUCACAAACGUCAUGGCAAACUGGCAUGGAAAGAUUUGUUUCUGCCCAGCAUCAAGUUGGCAAGAAAGGGAUUCCCUGUUGGGAAAGGCCUUGGAGCAGCCAUCAAAUCAAGAGAGGGGUCAAUUGAAAACAACCCCUCAUUGUGCGAAGUGUUCUGCAGAGGAGGGAAAAUUCUGCAGGAGGGCGAUAUCAUCACGAUGCCUAAACUAGCCAACACAUACGAGACUAUAGCCAAUGAAGGAGCAGAUGCCUUUUACACAGGAAGCCUGGCAAAACAGAUCAUCGAUGACAUCCGCAGUGUAGGGGGUAUUGUCACACUGGAUGACCUGCGGGACUACAACGCGACAGUGAUCGAAGACCCCAUAGAGGUGGCGCUGGGGGAGUUUACCCUCUACACACCCAGUGCCCCCCUAAGCGGCCCAGUGCUCGCCCUCAUUUUCAACAUCCUGAAAGGAUAUAAUUUCUCUGCUGACAGCAUCAAAACCCUGGAGGAGAAAGGUCUGACUUACCACCGCAUUGUGGAGGCCUUUCGCUUCGCCUACGCCAAGAGGACUUUACUGGGAGAUCCAAAAUUUGUCAACAUUACAGAGGCCAUUGGAAACAUGACGUCUGAGUUCUUUGCGGACGGGCUCCGGAAGAAAAUCACAGACAACACCUCCCACCCAGUCGACUACUAUGAGCCAGUCUAUUACACUGGAGACAAUGCCGGUACAUCCCACCUCUCCAUUGUGGCCGAUGAUGGCAGUGCUGUGUCCGCCACCAGCACCAUCAACCAAUACUUUGGCUCUGAUGUCCGAUCCAACGUAAGUGGAAUCAUAUUUAAUGAUGAGAUGGAUGACUUCAGCUCACCUUACAUAAUCAAUGGAUUUGGGAUCCCACCUUCUCCAGCAAAUUUCAUAGCACCAGGUAAACAGCCAAUGUCCUCUAUGUGCCCCUCCAUCUUGGUGGAUAAAUCAAAAAAGGUCAGGAUGGUGGUUGGUGCUUCUGGAGGAACAAAAAUAACCACAGCAACAGCACUGACUAUCAUCAAUUCCAUCUGGUUUGGUUAUGAUGUGAAGAAAGCGGUGGAAGAGCCCAGAAUUCAUGAUCAGCUUUUUCCCAAUAUCACAGAGCUUGAGCAGCAAAUUGAGAAGGGCCUGGAAGAAGAGCUGCAGAAGAGGAGGCACGCCACGGCGCGGGUGAGCAGCGGGGCGGUGGUGCAGGCCAUCCUCAGAGCCGACGAGGGCUGGGCGGCGGCCUCCGACUCCCGGAAAGGCGGCUUCCCUGCGGGCUACUGA